AUGUCGGACAAAGAUGCGUCCAGUCCACGUGUAUUCUUGAUGAGGCAUGGUGAAACGGAAUGGUCCCGCAACGGCCGAUAUACUGGAAUAACAGAUCUUCCGCUACUUCCCGAAGGCGAAGCCAGAGUACAGCAGACAGCAUCAGUUGUGUUUGGGUCCGGUCGACUCAUUGAUCCGAAAAGGAUAGGCAAAGUCUUCUGCAGUCCUCGAGUCCGGGCCAAACGGACCCUCGAGCUGUUGCUAGACCAAGUGACGGAUUCGGAAGCCCAGGCCAGACUGAUAUCCCAGACUGAGACGACGGACGACAUCGCGGAAUGGGGCUACGGCGACUACGAAGGCCUCUACACCCAGGAAAUCCGAGCUUUGCGGAGACAGCGCGGAUUAGACAAGGAUCAGGCGUGGGAUAUCUGGAGGGAUGGCACGGAGGGACCGGGCAGUGAGUUGCCUCACCAAGUGACAGAACGGCUCGAUAGAGUGAUCUCGGAGAUUACAAAGCUUCAGGGUGAUGCACUGGAGAAGAAACAAAGAGUCGACGUGGUGGUCAUCGCACAUGGCCAUAUUCUCCGAGCUUUUGUCAGGAGAUGGUUGGGCUUGAGCCUCGACUCGAAACUCGAGUUGAUGCUAGAGCCGGGUGGUGUCUGUGGACUUGGGUACGCGCAUGGAAGUAUUGAUGAGCGAGCUGUCUUGGUGGGAAUGAGUUUCCCUGGAUCGAGAUAG